UAAAUUGUAUAGACCGGCUUCACGUAGGACCAUACACCUAACACAAACUGCUAUACUACAUUCUCUCUCUGUAAGCAGCAUACAUGAUAGUGAGUCAGUGACAAACGGAGAGGACGAUAUUGGCUCCAGAUCUCAACGCUUUUAUAGACUUCAACAUUUUGUUCAAACGAGAGAGAGAGAGAGAGAGAGAGAGUGGGAUGAAACAACAUGUCAACUCGUAAAUGUCAAAUCCCUGAUUCUCCAACCCUGGUUGUCGAAAAUCCCACCAUUCCAUUAUUGGAACAUCACAUAGAACAGGGUUGUUAUGAACCAACUGAAGCAAAUCCACGCCUAUACUCUAAGAAAUGGCAUAGACCACGCCAAAACACUCAUCGUUGGGCUCCUUAACAUCCCAAACCUUUCCUAUGCCCGAAAGCUGUUCGACCUUAUUCCAAAGCCAACUGUCUUUCUCUAUAACAAGCUCAUUCAAACCUAUUCGAGUCACGGGCAAUACUACCGGUGCGUGUCCCUCUACUCCCAAAUGUGCCUUCAAGGCUGUCCGCCAAACCAACACACCUUCACUUUUGUUUUUGCCACUUGUGCUGCCCUCUCGUCCCCCUGCCAUGGCCAAAUGCUCCACACACAUUUUGUCAAGUCGGGUUUCGAGUCUGAUGUGUUUGCUCUGACUGCUUUGGUUGACAUGUAUGCUAAAUUAGGCAUGUUGGCCUCAGCACGCCAAAAAUUUGAUGAAAUAAAAGUAAGAGAUAUACCCACUUGGAAUUCAAUCAUUGCAGGCUAUGCCAGGGCUGGGGAUAUGGAGGGUGCAUUAGAAUUGUUUGGUUCGAUGCCUUGUAGAAAUGUGAUUUCAUGGACGGCUAUGAUAUCUGGGUACUCACAAAAUGGACAGUAUGUGAAGGCCUUGAGGAUGUUUUUGAUGAUGGAGAAGGAGAAAGAUAUGAGACCAAAUGAAGUGACGAUAGCAAGUGUUCUUCCGGCUUGUGCAAAUCUCGGGGCAUUGGAGGUUGGGGAGAGGAUUGAAGCUUAUGCAAGAAAAAAUGGUUUCUUCAAGAAUUUGUAUGUAAGCAAUGCUGUAUUGGAGAUGUACGUGAGGUGUGGUAAAAUUGAUAUAGCUAGGCGGGUGUUUGAUGAGAUUGGUGGCCGCAGAAGUUUGUGCUCUUGGAACUCAAUGAUCGUGGGUUUGGCUGUCCAUGGACGAUGCAACGAGGCCCUUGAGCUUUAUGAUCAAAUGCUGAGAGAAGGAAUUGCACCUGAUGAUGUUACAUUCGUGGGACUUCUCUUAGCAUGUACUCAUGGAGGCUUGGUCAUUAAAGGUCGAGAACUCUUUCAAUUGAUGGAAACAAACUUUCAUAUCUCUCCCAAGUUAGAACACUAUGGAUGCAUGGUUGAUCUCUUAGGUCGUUCCGGAGAUCUGCAAGAAGCUUAUGACCUUAUAAAAGGUAUGCCAAUGAAACCAGAUUCUGUAGUAUGGGGUGCACUUCUGGGGGCUUGCAGUUUCCAUGGUAAUACUGAACUGGCUGAAAUAGCAGCCGAGUCCCUCUUUCAGCUUGAACCCUGGAAUCCGGGGAACUAUGUAAUUCUGUCCAAUAUUUAUGCAUCAGCUGGUCAGUGGGCUGGAGUUGCAAAGUUAAGGAAGUUGAUGAAGGGUGGCCUGAUUACAAAGGCAGCAGGGUACAGUUUCAUUGAAGAGGGAGGUCAAAUUCAUAAGUUCAUUGUGGAGGAUAGGUCACAUCCGAGGUGUGAUGAAAUAUAUGUGUUACUGGAUGGAGUUUUUGCGGAGAUGAGGCUUCAAAGAGAUGAAGCAGAUUGUGAACCGGAAUUUGAAGAACAAUGAGAUCGAUGUAUAUAUUCUUAUAUGGUAAUGAAGCAACCGUGUGCACUAUUGUAGUGGAUAGUUCAAUUGAUUAAAACGGGGAUAUUUUAAGACCCAUUUUCCAUAGCAUUGGAUCCAAUGGCUGGUGUCCAGUUUCAAAGAGGAGUUGUUUUGACGAGAACAAAUACUUUCUUUUCUUUU